AUGGAAUUGGGGAAGAUGAGUAGUGGUGAUGAUGAUGAUGAUGAUGAUGAUGAUGAUGAUGAUGAUGGUGGUGGUGGUGGUGGUCGUCGUGGUCAUGUUCGUGUUGGUAACCACGGCAGCGGCUGCGGGAUUCGAACUUACGGCUUUCGGGUAGCCAACAUGUUGCAGUUGAUCACUGGGAAUAAUUUUUGGGCAAAUCCACAUAGGCUUUCCGAUCCCAUGCGGUUGAUCGAGUGGGUAUGCAAUCUGCGCAGUGCACGAAACCCCAUGGAACAAAACGUGGAAUUGAUACGCUUGCCCGGUACCGGGCAAUCGUUCUACCAACUGACGAGGCGUGUCGAAGUUGGUGAAGAAUUAUUCUUAUGGUUCCGGCGAUGGGAUCUGAAUCCAUUGCUUGGUGAACUAUUCAUCGACAAGAAAGUUAUGGACGCAUGGAACGGCGAACUUCGUGUGGAGGGAAAUGAUACAGCAAAAUCAACAGCCAUGUCAUCAGCGGAUAAAUUUACCUGCGGACGUUGUGCUGACUCGUUCACGUACAUCUAUCCCUAUGUAUGUCACGUGUUAUUUAAGUGUGGACGACAAUCGGUGAUCAAAUCAACAUUCCACGCCCAAUCAUCGUCUGUCGCGUCAUCCGUCAUCCAAUGCGAUUCAACACAACAUACUAUUCACACUGCCCGAACCGAUUCGUCUACGCUCCCGUAUCAUCUACUGCAUUCCAGUGCAGCUCAGACAACCAUUCCUGAAGAGCCUCGAGCUCCGCUCAUCGAUCGCCAGUUGAAUUAUCACGUCCCCACACGUGGUGGUGGAAAAUCCCAACUAGUCCCGGGAGCGGAACGUGUAAUGCGUAAAACUCCUUUUCAUUCGGUUUCUACUCACCGUAUAGCACCUGAAUUAGACCAAACACGGGGUGAGACAUAUCCGAAUUCGUUAAUGAAUUCACUCACAGUCCCGCUAAGAGUUAGUGUAUCUCACACAACCGCAGUCGAAACUCCGACCCGAUCCGCUCCGGAGCAGCCCCGUUCCGAAGUGAGUCGUGCUCGUCGGAAUGGGGCCCGGCACUCGUUUACUGGUUUCCAUCACACCCCGAAAUCCGGGAACAAUGCCAACGGCUCAAACUUACGAACACGUAAUCCUCUCGUGGAACAGUUGUUACAAACACUGGGCAAGGAAACUUUGUCCAACCCCGUACACACUACGUCAAGUGUACUAUCCCUCAGUCAGAAUUGGUGUGCUAAGUGUUCCGUGUCGUUCAGGCUAACGAGUGACCUAGUUCAACACAUGCGUACUCAUCACAAUAAGACUGGGUAUGAGAAGAGUGGUCAUUCUGAUAGGUCACCCAAACGUCAUUCGACCGGGUGUAAUGGGACGUCUUCAUCCACACUGAUCGACGAGGAUGAUGAUGCGAACAGUAUGAGCAGUGAUCACAGUCGAGACAGCUCGACGAACAGCACUGGUUGCAAUUCGUGUCAGCCUUCAAAUUGUACCGGACGGAAACUAGAAGAAGAUCCGGCAAAGCAGAUUGCGAUGAUCUCUGACUUAUCCACGGGAAAACAUGAACCGGAUCGCCUUGCUUGUCGUCUGUGCGGGGAAAUGUUUCGAGAGCGACAUCACUUGACACGGCACAUGAUAUCCCACAGUUAG